AGGUAUUAGGUACAGAGCAGCCAGCGCCAGCACCACACCGAUCAGCUCAGCAGAGGAGCAUUAGUUGUGUAGCUAUAUAGUAUGAGGUAGAUUUAGUGGCGACCUCUCUCAGUUUGCAACCAACCCGCUGCCAAGCAGAGCCAGAGCCAGCUAGCUGCUGCUGCUGUCACGGUUGAGUUCUCAUUAGCGCAAAAAAUGAAAUAAAAAAAUAUAAAGAUCUUUGUCAUUAUAGCCAGUAGUGGCCUCUGCGCGCUUGUUUGCCAGUGGAUCGCGUACUACCCGUCGUAUACACUUGCUCGUCUGUCGGUUCGGUUCGGUCGGUUGUUGUUGCGAUCGGAAGCUUAAGUGCUAAGAGCUUUUAGUAAGGAAAAUUAGUUAGUUUGAGCAGCGAGAAUAGUUUGUUGCCUCGUAGUGACUCAGUUCUGACGCUUCGGAGCGUCCUUUCAGUGUUGUUGUUUUUGAUAAGAAAGGAAAGUGCCGCUUCCUCAGCUGAUGGGCUUUUAUCACCUUCACUGCUUAAAAUAGGAUUAGCCAAACAGAAGAAAGUUUCUACGUGGAAGCGGACACGUGUAUGACUCAUGGAACUUGUUUACGAUUGAGUUUACGGCGACAGCUUAAUGAGCGCAGAGGGGUCAAAUGUUUGCAGAUAGUUCCACAAAUUGUGCGAAGAAGGAAAGGUCCAAAAGUUUGCUUCGGCGGCAGACCCAAACCAAAGGAAUUCCAAGAAUUUACAGUUCAGUUUCGCUUCAGUUGAGGUUGGAUGCAGUCCACGCGUGUCGGACAGGGGGUGUUGUGUAUUGAUGGUAGUUAGAAAUUCUUGAAAGUACUGGCCCGAAGGUACCGAUACAACUAUCGAAAUUGAUCAGUGUGUAGUGUGGAAGAUCGGCUAUCGGAACAGCAGAAACGAAAAAAGUGAAUGGCAGUAUCGAGGGAUAAUUAUCGGACCAGCAGCAUGGUGGUGAAUCCUCGCGGAACGACCAACGAUCGUUUUGGCAAAGAAUACUAUCACAAGGCGGGACGGGUCAGUUGAACUUGUGCCCGUUGCGAACCCUGAUGUUCAGAAGAAGAAGUGUGAUUUUAACCAUAUCUAGCUAUAAGUUGUCACGAAGAUCAAUCGAAUCGCAUGAUCCAAUCGCGAAUCAUGACCCAAAUGUUAUGCUGUGGAUUUCAUUUCUUGAUGGAAAUGCUGCCUCGACUGCACGCUCUGCUCAACUGCUGUCACUGUCAAAGCAAUUCAGCCCAACCAGCGCCGUCUGUAAACAGUCACGACACACCGCAGAGCACACGAACUUCGGCGAAUCCCAACAACAACAAUCGCCUGCGAAGACUGCGUUCUGCAAGUACUCAGUCGAGUUCGGCAACCAACUUGAACAGCAUCAACAACAACAGCAACAGCAACCAAAACUCUGGCUCCGGUGCCAACUUGAACAACAGCCGGCAUCCCCCUAAUCGCCAUCGGACAUCAGGAGCCACCGGGACAAGCCCUGCAGCAAACACGGGUGGGAUAAUCUCAAGACUGGUCGACAGUAGUAGCCACGCAGCCGCAUCAGCCGCGACGACGACGACGACAACCGGAAGCAACAAUAACCGUGGGUCACCGGGUGAGAAGAAACCGCCUCUCUCCACCUCUGCCGCCGCCGCCUCCAACAAUAACAACAACGGCAAAAACGACAAUGACAAGAUGGAUGAGAGAAGACAAUCGCAACCGAAAACGCCAACCAAAGGCCCACAGCGUGAAUCUACCCCCGUUCGGAAGAAGCCCAUCAUCCACGGCGGUGGUGGUGGUGGUAGUACCGAUCAGCAGCAGCCGCCGCCCUCGUCACGGUCCGACAGUGUUGAAGAUCCGGAGUCGCCCAGGAAAAGAAGUCCUCCCGUGGGGGAUUCGGAACCACCGGGCGGCGGCGAGCCGCCGUCAUCGCCGGAUAAGGAGGGCCUUCGACCGGAUAUGGAACCGAAACCUCGAACCAAGGCACUUACCAACGAUUCCGGGAUAGACGGGGAACAUCCUCCGCACGCCACCGACGACGAGCUGCUGGAGGAGAACCACCGGGACGAGUUGUCCGGGCCGGUUGUCGAGCGGAGACGGUUGAAUUCGGCGAUGGAAACGAGCACCACGGACGGGGGCAGCCUGCUGCGCAAGCGGCUGGACUCGUGCGAAUCGGACAGCUCGCUGGGCCGCUCCAAUCUGCGCUUCAUUCGCAAGAGUCUGGAAAACACGCUGGCCGUUGCUUACUCGAAGAACUUCAUCGACAACGAUACCAUCGAGACGGAGUAUCCGCGCAACUACGAUGACAACAUCGAGCUGCUGAGUCGCGAAGCGGAGAACCUGGCGAUGCAGUUCAAACCGUCCGAGGAGAAACUGGUACAGUAUGGGCCCAUAUUCGAUUUAGAAAAGUUCGAGGAGCAGCGAAAGCAGCAGAAGAAGGAAGACGACGAGGACGAAGCGAUCGGCAUAUCGCCGUGUGGUCGAUUCCUGAAGUACGAUAAGGAAGUUGGUAGAGGUUCGUUCAAGACGGUUUACCGUGGAUUGGACACGCAGACCGGCGUGGCGGUGGCGUGGUGUGAGUUGUUGGACAAAAAAGUGAAUAAAAUCGAGCGCGCCCGGUUCCGCGAAGAGGCGGAAAUGUUGAAAAAGCUGCAACAUCCGAAUAUUGUGCGAUUUUACAACUACUGGGAAUCGCCACCGACCGCUGGCAACAAGAAAAAGAAUAUCGUUCUUGUGACGGAAUUGAUGCUUUCCGGCACCUUGAAAUCCUACUUGCGUCGCUUCAAGAAGAUCAACCCGAAAGUGCUCAAGUCCUGGUGCCGGCAGAUUCUCAAGGGGUUGCACUUUCUGCACUCGCGUGCCCCGCCCAUCAUCCAUCGUGAUCUGAAAUGUGAUAAUAUAUUUAUAACCGGUACGACAGGGAGUGUGAAGAUAGGGGACCUUGGGCUGGCCACGCUUAAGAACCGGAGCUUUGCCAAAUCGGUGAUCGGUACGCCGGAAUUCAUGGCCCCGGAGAUGUACGAGGAGCACUACGACGAGGCGGUCGAUGUGUACGCCUUCGGGAUGUGCAUGCUGGAGAUGGCCACCAGUGAGUAUCCGUACAACGAGUGCAAUACGCCGGCGCAGAUCUACAAGAAGGUGACGUCCGGAAUCAAACCGGCCAGUUUGGAUAAGGUGGAGAACCCGGAGGUGAAGGAGAUCAUCGAACGGUGUAUUCACGACAAGAAGGAGGGUCGACCGACUUGCAAAGAACUGCUGAACUGUGAGUUCUUCUGCGAGGACAUCGGCGUUCGGUUGGAACCGAUAUCAAAGGAGAGUUUCAUUGCAAAUCCGGACAGCACUAGGAUGGAGUUUCGACUGAGGAUCAUGGAUCCCAAAAAGCGAGUCAAUAAGCAUAAGGAAAACGAAGCUAUUCAGUUCGAUUUCGAUACGAAAGUGGACGAUGCGGAUGAAAUUGCCAGUGAAAUGCAUAAGAGUGGUAUUCUAAUGGAGGAUGACUCGAAAACAGUGGCAAAAAUUCUGAAGGUGCAGAUCCAAACGUUGUUGAAAGAGAAGGAGGAAAGAGCUAGGCAAAUCCAGCUCGAGAAGGAAACCGAGGCAUUGCAAAAGCAGGCAAUGCUGGCUCAACAGAUGUAUGCUAGUCAACAAAGUCAGGCGGAAAGUGAGGGACAACCGCUGGAAUUGCACGUUCCGCAGAUGGUUGGAGGUGUCCCAAUUCCACAGCUCCAGCAACAAGUUUACUACCAACCUGCAUCGUUGCCGACGUCGCAAGCUCAACAGAUCAUGUAUCAACAACAAAUGUCCGCUCCUGUUGGAAAUGACCAGAUGAUGCAGAACUAUCAAAACCAGGUUGGUCAAUUUCUUAAUCAACAACAAGUUAUUCAACAGCAACAACAACAGCAGCCACAGCAACAGUUCCUUAACCAAAUUCCUCAGAUGCCUCCGCAGAUGCAGCAAAUCCCGUGUAGUAUACCUCAACAAACUCAACCAAUUCAACAAACAACAGUCGUGCAGGCAGUUCAGCAGCCCCAACCGCCUCAGCAAGUAUUCAUAGAUGCCCAGCAACAACAGCAGUAUAUUCAACAAAUGCAGCAACAACAAGCCCUGAUUCAGCAAAUGCAACAACAACAGAUUCCUAUUCAACAGCCCCAAUUUGUGAAUCAGAUUUCUCAACAACAGCAGCAAGUUAUUCAACAACAAAUGUUACAGCAGCAAUUGCUCCAACAGCAGCAGCUUCAACAACAACAGCAGCAGAUGCAACAAGUUUCGAUUCAGGAUCAAUUUCCUACGCUCGAACAACAAUUACAAGCAGUCCUUCCUAUUCAUUCACAACAGCCACCUCAACAACUUCCUCCUCAGCAACAACAGCACUAUCAACAAACACCACCCCAACAACAGCAGCAGCCGCAGCAACAACCUCAAAUGACCCACGGCCAAUCCCUACAGGCCGCGCAAAUUCAACAGCAACAGCAGCAAAUGCACAUCCAACAGCAAAUCCAAGAACAGAUGCAAUUACAGCAACAGCAGCAGCAGCAACAACAACAAAUGGUUGCCAAUGGCCCGCAGCAAAUCGUGCAACAAUCACAACCCGUACAACAACAGCAACCUCCGCAAUUCGUAAACCAACCUGUCGUCAAUCAUGUCCAGCAGCAGCAGCAGCAACAACCACAACAGCAGCAAAUUCCCCAACAACAAGUAAUUCAAAGUCCCCCUCCUCAGCAAAUUCAACAACAGCAGAUUCAGCAGCAACAACAGCAAAUUCAACAACAGCAGCAACUCCAACAGCAACUUCAGCAACAACAACAAAUUCAACAACAGCAACAAAUUCAGCAGCAGCAACAGCAACAACAGUUGCAGCAACAAGCUGCCAUUCAGCAACAACUGUUCCAGCAGCAGCAACUUCAACAGCAGCAGCAACAGCUUCCCCCGUCUAAGCCCAUUGAGCCCCAAGUCCCCGAACCGGUUCGCUCGGAAUCGCUUCCACCCAUGCCGACGGAAGUCGUCCAACCAGCGCCUCCCACCCAAGCCCAAUCCCUUCCGAUCCCAACGCAGCCCAUCCCUGCUACCACUCCAGCCCCGGUUCCAGCCACCCAAUCCCAAUCGUUGCCGACGCCACAACCCACGCAGCAACUGCCGCCUCUAGAUCCGGCAGCGGCCGCUCAAGCAGCGGCCAUUCCCAAACGAUUGACCAACGAGGGUUCCAAGAAGCGGAGGAACUAUCGGUCAACCGAGCGCAACCCCAAACUGCAGGUGCUCGGCUUCGAGAACAACAUCGUCGAGUGCGAGAUGGAGAACCGCCCGAAGACGAUCACGUUCAAGUUCGACGCGAACAACGUGAACCCGGUGGAGGUGGCACAGGAUUUGGUGUCCAAAGACCUUCUAACGGAGGCGCAGAGUGUGGUGUUCAUCGAGAUGGUGCGUGACAUCUUGCGGCAACUGAAGGAAAAUCCCAACCAGCUGCCGGUGGCGUCGCAAUGCUGCCGUCGAAACACCGAGAAG